AUGGCUUCCUCCACCGAACUCAUGCCGCACUCCGAGCGUGACGGCUUCGAUGGUAGUGUACCGUAUCCUCAUCACGUUGGGGAGACUCUCGUUUCGGAGCUCAACACGCUUUGCCGGCUGCGCGACUUCUACGAGCAGCACACCUUCGAUACACAAGGGCCGUAUGCAGACUUGUUUACGCUUCUCCUCACAUCGUGCAAACACGUGAUCGACAUCAACGUGGAACUCGUUCACCACAUCAAGGCUCAGCAAGAUCAGCAGCUGCGGCAGCAGGUUGCCUGUGAUGUUCUCUGUCGUGAAGCGGCACUGCAGCGUGCUGACAUCCACCACCUUCGCGCUUCACUGGCGCAUCUUUCUGCGCGCGGAGCAAAUGGAGAAGCACCCAUGGUCAAGUGCGAAGAUGAUGGUGCUGGGCUUGGCAGCGGGUCAGCAGCCUCGUCGCAUGCGUCGCCGAAAAAUGAAACAGCGACACCAGAGUGUUGCCAGCACGUUUCCCAAAGAAGUCCCGCGGCGUCCCUGGCACCGCAGCGCAGUACAGGUGCCGCCGCCCCUUCCUCGGCUGCAGCCGGCCUUGAGAGAUCAUCCUUGUCUACCACAUUAGCUUCUCUUGUAGGGCCCGUUUCGCAAGCGCACGCCACCGUGACCUUCGCCCCCACAGAAGCCCCAGAACAGCCAAUCAACUCGCUGACGCGCUCCCCGCCCUUUGACCACGCCUGUGGGGGCGCAUGGGCAGCAGGGAUGAAGUGCCGCACGGACGCCAUGCAGGGCCGCUCGGCUACCGUACUCGUGGAUGGCCAGUUGUCUUCCGCGCGACUCGAUGAAGUGCAGCAGAAGCAGCAGCAGUCAUCUACUGCCUUGUCUGCGCCCUCUGACGCAAGGAAGCACCACGCCGAGGACGCCGUUGAGAGCCGCCUUGAGCACUUGACGCGUCACCUUGCUGUGAUGGACCAGCGUGUGCACAAGCAGCGGCGGAUGUGGGAAGAGGAGGACGUUGGCAGCAGGAGCCCGUCAGCAUCACCAGUAGCGGCUCCGGGAAUGGCAGGCGAGAGUGAAUUUCCCCAUCCAUGUACAACUGUGGUUGGUCAUGCUCGGUCAAACCCCCAGAAGUCCAUUCAGCGCCAAGAAACCUCUGUCACCUCGCCUGUCGGCACUUGGACACCACCGGCGGUACUUGUGCGUUGGCUCGACAGUCGGCUUCGUCGAUGGGAAGGGGAGUGGAAAAGAGUGCUUGAAGACGUGCAGGACGCGCUUCUCCUUGAUGCUACCGUCGAUGCAGAAACGUUGCGUCCGAUUGCGCAUGCAGCAGGUCAGCAGGAGGCACAUGUGAACCUAGAGACUGCCCAGGAAAGAGCCUCCGAGAGCAACGAAGGCGCUGAAGCGGUCAUGACUCCAAGCUGCCGUGGCGACCUUGUGUGUGCCAUCCGAGUUCUUCUUUCUUGUCACGGCACGGAGCUGUACAAGCGAAUCGUCGCUGAAUGCAACCGACAAGUCCAACGCACCGACGAAGAGCUGCAUGAUCUGCGCUCCAGGCUGGAGGCACUCGAGGUGUACGCGCCGCAUCGCUACGCCGUCACUGCGCGACCGCCGCUGCUUGGAGUGGAGCUAGAGGACGUGCUUGAGCCGCGCAUCGGAGUGCGGCUGCGCACGGUGUACCAUGGCUACCUCGCCGACCGCGCUGGCCUCAACGUGGGCGAUGUCCUCGUCGGCGUCGGCCACCAAUCCAUCCAGACACGCGCGCAGCUGUACGUCGUGCUGGGGGAGCUGACCCGUGACUACAGUGCGCAGUGCCACAUACAGAUCGAGGCGGGCUUCAUGCGGGGCUUUGCCCUCGGUGACGGCCACUGCGUUGAAUGCAAUUCACCCCAUCGCGAGGCAACGGUAGACAGAAACGGUAAUGACUAUGGACUUGACCAAGAACUUCAACGCGCCCGUUCGGAAGCAGCGGCAGCGGCAGCUGGAGGCACUAUCCCGAGCGACGCACAUUCGCCAGCUCGAUGGCUGUAUAGGCACUCGUCGCUUAAAGGCCGUGCAGCUAUGGCAGGCUCGUCUGCCGCCGCCUCGCCCUUCCUCUCCACAUUCCACAGUGCCGCCCAGCACAAGGAGAAGCUAGCCCAAUAUCUGCCCUACUUCGAGCUGUGCCUUCACGUUGUGCGUGACGGUCGAUUGCGUGACGUGACACUUCUGAUUCCGCCAUGGGAAGCUCUUCGAUCGGCGGCGUACUAA